AUGACUUGCCCGCAGCCACGUAUACGCUCACUUUCGAAAAUCCUGCUCUUCCAGCAACGGAAACACCUGCUGCUUUUGAAGCACGCAGUCCUUAGUACGGUUACCACGACAACAUCUGUUACUGCAACAGCAACGCAAGUCAUUGGUGUUACUCCCACUUCUAUGGCCAGUGCUGGGUCUACAACUAGCCUGUCGUCUAUUGCUUCGUCGUCACCUUCCGACUUGAUGAGCAGUAGUGCCUCGAGCUCUUCUUCCUCUUCAUCAGCGUCAAGCUCCCCACUUUCGCAGAGCAGCUCAUCUUCCUCAUUCAGCAGCGCGAGUGUAUCAAUAUCUGGCUCAUCGAGUGCAACACAGAGCUCUAGCGCGUCUUCAAGCACCCAACUUAGCACUCUUUUUACUGUGACAACCCGAACAUCUACUAGCGCAUCUUCUGUCCCAACUCUGAAGAUUUCUCAAGAUGCGACAUGUGGUGGCAAGACUGGAUACACUUGCAAGGGCUCGAGGUGGGGAGACUGUUGUAGUCGUAAUGGCUGGUGCGGCCGAAACCGCGACUUUUGUACCGCAGGCUGUCAGCUCUCAUUCGGUACCUGCAACGCCUCGCCUGCAUCAUCAUCCUCUGCGAUUCAGACCUCUUCAUCAUCGACUCGAUUGUCAUCCAUUUUUUCAAGCCCAUCAGCAUCUCCCAUCUCAGCGCUCAAGGUUUCGACGGACGGCUCGUGUGGCGGAAAGGUCACUUGCAAGGGUUCAAAGUUCGGCAACUGCUGCAGCAAAUAUGGCUACUGUGGUAGCUCGUCAAGUUACUGCGAUGCUGGGUGCAACCCUCUCUUUGGUAAUUGCAAGGACCAGGCUGUGCCAAGCACUACGCCUUCUUCACCGUCGCUCAAGGUGUCCAAGGAUGCCAAAUGUGGCGGCUCCACGGGUCAAACGUGCAAGAACUCGGCUUUUGGAAACUGCUGCAGUCAAUACGGGUGGUGCGGAAGUGGCCCGUCAUACUGUGGUAGAAGCUGCGAUUCGGCACUCGGUGACUGCUCGAAUUUCCGUCGCCAGGCUCCGGCUACUGGUGGAGGUCCUGACUUUACAUACCCGCCUAUUCCAACAAUCACAGCAACCACUACAGUGACUGCUUCCAUAACAGUUGGAACCGUGACCGUGACGGUCACGGGCGACAGCGUACCCACCAUCAGCACUAUGAGCAACAUUGCUUCUUCAACAUCGUCUGCCUCUGAGAGUCAGUCGAUGAGCUCGUUUAGCUCUACCCCUUCUCUAACACAUGUAGCGGUCAGCACUGACACUGCGACAAUGACGUCGUCAUCUCUCGAUACACCAACUUCGAUGAGCCCGUUAUCUACCCCUCCACCGGCACCAACCUCUGACGUCGUUCCGCCUGCAAACUUUUGUCUCAAAGUGCUCACUCCAGGUGUCAGUUCGUCUGGUUUCGUCAUCAAAUCAAACAAUAUCGGGGGUGGUGGUGGUAUCAGCGUGGACUCCAUCGUGGGUGGCAGUAUAACCCAUGUCAUGCGAUUCGCCAUCGGCACGGACAACAUCUUGAUGGUAACCACUCCAGGAUUGGCAUAUCCCCAAAUCACAAGAUACUCACGCGGCACUGGUGCAUGGCUCCGAUUUGCCGACAACUUUGCAAAUGCAUACCCAGUCGCUUGCGUCGUCAAGACGAGCGUUCCGGGCUAUGAAGGCGAGCAGGUUUUGAAGUGUAUCGGAGGAUUUCCGACCCAGCCGGUGCGCACAUUCACUGGAUUUCGUGAUCAGGCAGUUGUGAACGUCCCGCAUCGUUUAUUUGGGGAUGAAAAAACUACGCAACCAGACACGGCGGACAAUUUUAAGGUUGAACUUGGACUGUUCACCGGAGGAGCCUGCCCUGUAGAUGCACCUACUUCAUCUUCCAUUUCGGACGAGGCAACUAGCUCACUGACUCCGAUGCCCAGUGUUGAAACACCAAGCCCCAGCGUUGUGACCCCCAGUUUCAGUGCCGCUACUCCUAUCUAG